GUGCGAAGGAGGCGGGGCCGCGCCUGCGCAGGCCGCCUACUAUGGCGGCCCCCACUGAACCUCUCUGCGAGAGGCUCGAGUGGGACAACAGGCUUCGGCCCUCGCCGGGUACUGCUGUACCGUGAUGAAUGUGGAGCCAUGGGCACUUGCUCCCACCCCAGCCAUGGACGAGGUCACCUUCAAAAGCGACACUGUGCUGUCAGACGUCCACCUCUACACCCCAAACCAGAGACACCUCAUGGUGCGGCUGAACGGCAUGGGGCAGCCCGUUUUUCUGUCCCAGUUCAGGCUUCUGUGGAACCAAGACGGUCAGACAGACUCAGGGGUCGAGGGUGGUGGUCCCGGAGGCACUCACGCAGAGGAGCCUCCCCCCAUGGGGGCCUGCAGCGCCGAGUCCCCUCCGAGGAGUGGCCGCUGGAGCGAGGGGGUCUCCGUCCAGGCCGGGGCUGACACCGCAGGCCAGGAGCGGGCGGGAGCUCAGCUGGACGAAGACGGGGAUUUGGAUGUCGUGCGAAGGCCACGGGCUGCCUCUGACCCUGACGCUGUGGGGCCCCCGAGAGUCAAGGUACAUCCCGUGAUUCUAACACAGGAGGAAGACGCCCUCCUGGGAGGGGGAGCACAGGAGAGCAGCCCCCACAACGUCAUCCAAAUAGAGCACACCAUGGCCACCCCCUUGGAGGAUGUCGGCAAACAGGUGUGGCGGGGGUCCCUGCUCCUGGCGGACUACAUCCUAUUCCAACGGGAACUCUUCCAGGGACGCACGGUGCUGGAGCUGGGGGCGGGCACAGGGCUCGCCAGCAUCGUCGCAGCCACCGUGGCGCGGACCGUGUACUGUACAGAUGUCGGUGCCGAUCUCUUGGCCAUGUGCCAGCGGAACAUUACUCUCAACAGCCACCUGACUGCUGCUGGAGGUGGUAUAGUUAAAGUGAAAGAACUGGACUGGCUGGAGGACGACCUCUGCACAGAUCCCGCAUUCCCCUUCAGCUGGUCCCAGGAGGACAUCUCCGACUUGCACGAGCACACCACCAUACUGCUGGCAGCCGAAGUGUUCUACGACGAUGACUUAACUGACGCUCUGUUUAAAACGCUCUCCCGACUCGCUCACCAGUUGAAGAACUCCUGCAUAGCCAUUCUCUCCGUGGAGAAGAGGCUGAACUUCACGCUCAGACACCUGGACGUCACGUGCGAAGCGUACGACCACUUCCGCUCCUCCCUGCACCAGCUGGAGAAGCUUGCUGACAGCCAGCUGCGCUUUGUGGUGGAGCCGGUGGACGCCUCCUUCCCGCAGCAACUUAUUUAUGAGCGCAUCCAGCAGCUGGUAGGUGGCCUUGCAUGUGGGGACAGGGGAGCAGCCAGGGCCAAGGCUGCCUGCUGAGUGAAACCUACGGUGGCCUCUCACCCUGUGCUUAGCGGUCAUCAUGUCCAGGAUGGGCCUGCGGGUGGCCUGUCACCUUGGACUGUACAGCACGCUCCUCCCUAUGGGCAGUUCAGGCUCUGGAGGAAACAGGACUGAGGGCGAAAGUUUGCUUGGGAGGCAUUAGGUCAGUGGGCGACGACUGAUGAAGAUCUUGAUGCAGGCGCCCAGUGCUGACAGCCAUGUCCUCACUGGCAACAUGCUGGCCUCGGACUAAGCAGGCUUGUCUGAUGGCCACCUUCCAACCUGGCAUGGCGGGAUCCCCCCACAUUAGGCCCCUGAGUGACCAUCCUAAAGACGAUGCAUGUGCCAGGUGCCGUGCUGAGCUCCUUUCAUCCACUGCCAGCAUUAGAGGGAGCGUCGCAACCCAUCACAACCCGUCGCAUCGGCAAGCACGGCUUCUUAACUGUUCUUGUGAUACAUUUCUAAUAAAAUCAGAAGCUCAGAAAAGUCAGUAUUACCCUUAAAAUCCCCUUCUGUUACCCGGAGCAGGAGUUACAGAGGCCCCCAGGUCCGGAAUUACUGUCCUCUCUGCCUCCUGGCUGGGCCUCCCUUUCUCUAGCCAGUGGAGGCCUGGGCCUGGCAACGAGGAGAGAGAGGGAGAAGGACGGCAAAGGGUGCGUUUGUUCCCGCUCCCGACCCAGGCCCCGGGCAAGCACUGAGUUUAAUUUGGGUGGUUGCCCUGGACGAGAGGGAACCUUCCAUCAGUGUCACCACCUCUGGGCAGCGUCCCAGUAGAUGGCAGAUGCACUUCUGCAGGUGAGGACGCAAGGUCUCCACUAGGAACUUGGCAUGUUUUGCUCCUCGUCCACCUGCCAGCAUUAAGGGGAGCAUCACAACCCAGAAAACAGGCUCCUUACAGAGCGGCAGCUGCGGCACACGGCACUGAAGGUCUCUGCAGGUGGAGAGUCGUGCUCUUCAGGCCCCUUGGCUGUGUCUUCUGGGGCCUUGUGGGCGGAUGCCAGCGCUCACCCUCCCAGCCUCCCUUGUACAUUAGACAGAACAGCUCAGAGCAACUCGGAAAUCGGAGGAGCUCCCGGCUCUGCCGCAGCCUGCAUGCUGUGUGGCCCACUUGUUCGGCUCUUGGUGGCUAAUUCCCUCUUUUCUGAAAUUGUCGAGUCCUGUGCUGCUUGGAGACUCCUCUCUCCGUUCUCUGCAGGAGCUCUGGAAGGUCUCGGUGGAACCAGCAACCUGACCCGUCGCAUCGGCAAGCACGGCUUCUUGACUGUUCCUGUGAUACAUUUCUAAUAAAAGCUCAGAAAAUAA